CCGCCUGGCUGGCUGGUGUCGCGCUCGGCUCGGCUCCGGCGGGCGCGCUCGCUCGCUCGGGAACUAUCGGAUUAAACUUGAAUCGAGUGAAAUUACACAAAGGAGCGAAGCGGAGCCGGCGGAGACCCCGAAACUACCCGAGACCCGCGCUGACCCUUCCUCUCCCUCCCCUCCCUUCCACCCCUCCUUCGCCUGCCCGCCCCGGUCAGGGAUCCCCCUCCUCCCCUCUUAGCCCAGCCCCGGUGCGAGCGAGCAACUCCGUGCGUGUGUGUUGUGUGCGUGUGUGUUGUGUGCGAGACCCGCACCCCGCCUCGCCCCCCCCGGCCGACGGCACCAACUCCGGAGCGUGUCCCCUCCUCCUCCCCGGCCCUUCGGCGGAGGGCAGCGAGGGAGCGAGCGGGGGACACCGGUCCCCGACGGCCACGCACCGGCCCGAUCAUCCAUUCUAACGACGGCAAAAAAAUCUUAAUGACUAUGACCUUAGCAGCAUGGGUAGCUGAUUUUUCCCAAUUAUAAAUCCCGUUAGUUUGCGGUAAUGUGAGCAGUAACCAGACUUUGCCUGACACUGCGUGGUCCAAAAGAAUUAAGGAAAUAUGGAAUGACAUGAAGGAGAUUAGUUGAGGAUUAAAGGCUUUGAGGACAAAACACCUCACCGAGGUGAAGCACAGACUAACAUUCUGGUUGUAGCUCCAAGGAGCUGCGUGCUGAAAAAAGAUGGCAGAUCCAGGAAUGAUGAGUCUGUUUGGAGAAGAUGGGAAUAUUUUCAGUGAAGGGUUGGAAGGUCUUGGAGAAUGUGGAUAUCCUGAAAAUACAGUGAAUCCUAUGGGUCAGCAAAUGCCCAUGGAUCAAGGAUUUCCCACUUUACAGUCAUCUCUUCAUCAUCCUCCUGCAAAUCAAAACCAAGCCAAGUUGACCCAUUUUGAUCACUAUAAUCAAUACGAACAGCAGAAAAUGCACCUGAUGGAUCAGCCGAACAGGAUGAUAAGCAAUGCCCCUGGGAAUGGUAUAGCGUCUCCUCAUUCGCAGUAUCACAACCCUCCAGUUCCUCAGGUUCCUCACAGCAGUGGUGCUGGUGGUCAGAUGGGAGUCUAUCCCGGCAUGCAGAACGAAAGACACGGCCAACCCUUUGUAGACAGUGGCUCCAUGUGGGGACCACGGGCAGUUCAAGUGCCAGACCAGAUAAGAGCACCAUACCAGCAGCAACAGCAGCAGCAGCCGCCGCAGCCGACACAGCCGCCACAGGCACCCUCCGGACCCCCUGGGCAGGGCCAUCCUCAGCACAUGCAGCAGAUGGGAAACUACAUGGCUCGUGGUGAUUUUUCAAUGCAGCAGCACGGUCAGCCGCAGCAGCAGAGGAUGAACCAGUUUUCUCAAGGCCAAGAAGGCCUCAAUCAGGGAAACCCUUUCAUUGCCACCUCAGGACCUGGCCACUUGUCUCAUGUGCCCCAGCAGAAUCCCAGUAUGGCACCUUCUUUGCGACACUCAGUCCAGCAAUUUCACCACCAUCCCCCUACUGCUCUCCAUGGGGAAUCAGUAGCCCACAGUCCCAGAUUCUCCCCUAAUCCUCCCCAGCAGGGUGCUGUUAGGCCGCAAACACUUAAUUUUAGUUCUCGGAGCCAGACGGUACCCUCACCUACUAUAAACAACUCAGGGCAGUAUUCUCGAUAUCCUUACAGUAACCUUAAUCAGGGAUUAGUUAAUAAUACAGGGAUGAAUCAGAAUUUAGGCCUUACAAAUAACACUCCAAUGAAUCAAUCUGUACCAAGAUACCCAAAUGCUGUCGGAUUUCCAUCAAACAGUGGUCAAGGACUAAUGCACCAGCAGCCCAUCCACCCUAGUGGCUCACUUAACCAAAUGAACACGCAAACUAUGCACCCUUCACAGCCUCAGGGAACCUAUGCCUCUCCACCUCCCAUGUCACCUAUGAAAGCAAUGAGUAAUCCAGCAGGUACACCUCCUCCACAGGUUAGACCCGGUAGUGCUGGAAUACCAAUGGAAGUUGGCAGUUACCCAAAUAUGCCCCAUCCUCAGCCGUCACACCAGCCCCCUGGUGCCAUGGGAAUUGGACAAAGGAAUAUGGGCCCCAGAAACAUGCAACAGAAUCGUCCAUUUAUGGGUAUGUCUUCAACACCACGGGAGAUGGGUGGGCACAUGAGACCAAAUGGUUGUCCAGGUGUUGGCCUUGCAGAUCCACAAGCAAUACAAGAGCGACUAAUAUCUGGCCAGCAGCUUCCUAGUCAACAGCAGUCUUUUCAACAGCAAAUGCCAACCUGUCCUCCCAUGCAGCCUCAUCCAGGGAUACAUCACCAGUCUUCACCACCCCCACAUCCUCAUCACCAGCCUUGGGCACAGCUUCACCAGUCACCACAAAACACACCACAAAAAGUGCCUGUCCUUCAGCAUUCUCCGUCGGAACCCUUUUUAGAGAAACCAGUGCCGGAUAUGACUCAGGUUAGUGGACCGAAUACCCAGCUAGUGAAAAGUGAUGAUUAUCUGCCGUCAAUUGAGCCGCAGCCACAGCAAAAGAAAAAGAAAAAGAAAAACAAUCACAUUGCUGCAGAAGGUCCCAGUAAAGGUUUUGGUAAGGAAGAUUUUCCUGGGGGACUUGACAGCCAGAAUCUAAGCAGAAACUCAGUGGAUUGCUCCCAAGAAGACAAGAAGAAAAAGAAAAAGCCCAAGGCAAAAAAAGAACCGAAGGAUCCUAAAGAACCCAAGGAAAAGAAGGAACCCAAGACCCCCAAAGUCCCUAAGACCCCUAAAGAGCCAAAGGAAAAGAAAGCAAAAAAUACCACGCCAAAACCCAAGACCAGCAAAAAGGCUAGCAGCAAGAAGCAAGAUUCAGAAGCCAGUGCUGCAAAGAAAAAGGUUAACAAGGGAAAGGAAGGUUCUGAAAACUCAGAUUUGGAAAAAACUCCACCACCAUCACCUCAUCCUGAAGAUGAAGAUGAUCCAGGGGUUCAGAAACGACGCUCCAGCAGGCAGGUGAAGAGGAAGCGUUAUACUGAAGACCUGGAGUUCAAGAUUUCAGAUGAGGAGGCUGAUGAUGCUGAUGCUGCUGGAAGAGACUCUCCUUCAAAUACUUCUCAGUCAGAGCAACAGGAAUCUGCUGAUGCUGAAGGUCCGAUUGUGGAGAAAAUCAUGAGUAGCCGUUUAGUCAAGAAAAAGAUGGAGAACGGAGAGGAAGUAGAAGUAGAGGAAUUCUAUGUAAAGUACAAAAACUUUUCUUACCUUCACUGUCAGUGGGCAUCUGUGGAAGAGCUGGACAAAGACAAGAGAAUUCAGCAGAAGAUUAAGCGGUUUAAGGCAAAACAGGGCCAGAAUAAAUUCCUUUCUGAAAUUGAUGAUGAGCUUUUUAAUCCAGAUUAUGUGGAAGUUGAUCGAAUCAUGGAUUUUUCACGUAGCACAGAUGAUAAUGGAGAGCCUGUAACGCAUUAUCUGGUGAAGUGGUGUUCGCUUCCUUACGAAGACAGCACUUGGGAGCUCAAGCAAGACAUCGACCAAGCCAAGAUCGAAGAAUUUGAGAAACUGAUGUCUAGGGAGCCAGAAAUGGAGCGUGUGGAGCGACCUCCUGCCGAUGACUGGAAGAAAUCGGAGAGUUCCAGGGAGUAUAAAAACAAUAACAAACUCAGGGAAUACCAGUUGGAGGGAGUAAACUGGCUUCUUUUCAAUUGGUACAACACACGAAACUGCAUUUUAGCAGAUGAAAUGGGGUUGGGAAAGACUAUCCAGUCCAUUACGUUUCUCUAUGAGAUAUAUUUGAAAGGAAUCCAUGGUCCUUUCUUGGUUAUUGCACCAUUGUCCACAAUUCCCAACUGGGAAAGGGAGUUCCGCACCUGGACAGAGUUGAAUGUGGUUGUGUAUCAUGGGAGUCAAGCGAGUCGGCGGACCAUUCAGUUGUAUGAAAUGUAUUUCAAAGAUCCACAGGGUCGUGUGAUAAAGGGGUCCUACAAGUUCCAUGCCAUUAUCACAACAUUUGAAAUGAUCUUGACUGACUGCCCAGAGCUGCGUAACAUUCCAUGGCGUUGCGUGGUCAUUGAUGAGGCCCACAGGCUGAAAAACAGGAACUGUAAGCUUUUGGAAGGACUCAAGAUGAUGGAUCUGGAGCAUAAAGUGCUGCUUACUGGAACCCCUUUGCAAAAUACAGUAGAAGAGCUGUUUAGCUUGCUUCACUUCUUGGAACCAGGUCGCUUUCCAUCAGAAACCACAUUCAUGCAAGAAUUUGGGGAUCUUAAAACUGAAGAGCAGGUGCAAAAACUGCAAGCUAUUUUGAAGCCGAUGAUGCUGAGACGUCUCAAGGAGGAUGUGGAAAAGAACCUGGCCCCCAAAGAGGAAACCAUCAUUGAAGUUGAGCUGACAAAUAUUCAGAAGAAAUACUAUCGUGCUAUUCUUGAAAAGAAUUUCACAUUUCUUUCCAAGGGCGGAGGUCAGGCAAAUGUACCUAAUCUUUUAAACACUAUGAUGGAACUAAGAAAAUGCUGCAAUCAUCCAUACCUUAUUAAUGGUGCUGAAGAGAAAAUUUUGGAAGAGUUUAAAGAAACACACAAUGCCGACUCUCCAGAUUUUCAGCUCCAGGCAAUGAUCCAGGCUGCUGGCAAGCUCGUACUGAUUGACAAGCUGCUGCCAAAACUGAAGGCUGGUGGCCACAGGGUGCUUAUCUUUUCCCAGAUGGUGCGCUGCUUGGACAUACUGGAAGACUACCUCAUUCAAAGACGGUACCCAUACGAACGAAUUGAUGGUCGAGUGAGAGGCAACUUGCGUCAGGCAGCUAUUGACAGGUUUUCAAGACCUGAUUCUGAUAGGUUUGUUUUCCUGCUGUGUACAAGGGCAGGAGGUUUGGGCAUUAAUCUUACUGCUGCUGAUACCUGCAUCAUUUUUGAUUCAGACUGGAAUCCCCAAAAUGACCUCCAGGCUCAAGCACGAUGUCACAGAAUAGGGCAGAGCAAAUCAGUGAAAAUUUACAGGUUGAUAACAAGGAAUUCUUAUGAAAGGGAAAUGUUUGACAAAGCUAGCCUGAAGCUGGGCCUUGAUAAGGCUGUGCUACAAUCUAUGAGUGGAAGAGAAAAUGCCACAAAUGGGGUGCAACAGCUGUCUAAAAAAGAAAUAGAAGAUCUUCUUCGAAAAGGGGCAUAUGGUGCUCUGAUGGAUGAGGAAGAUGAAGGGUCUAAGUUUUGUGAAGAGGAUAUUGAUCAGAUUCUCUUAAGGCGAACACACACAAUUACUAUUGAAUCUGAAGGAAAAGGCUCAACAUUUGCAAAGGCUAGUUUUGUUGCAUCUGGGAACAGGACAGAUAUUUCUUUGGAUGACCCUAAUUUCUGGCAAAAGUGGGCAAAGAAAGCUGAGCUGGAUAUUGAUGCUCUAAAUGGAAGGAACAACCUAGUUAUUGAUACACCAAGAGUAAGGAAGCAGACCAGACUCUACAGUGCAGUCAAAGAGGAUGAGCUGAUGGAGUUUUCAGACCUGGAAAGCGAUUCUGAGGAAAAGCCUAGCACAAAGCCCCGUAGGCCUCAGGACAAAUCACAAGGUUAUGCAAGAAGUGAAUGUUUCAGGGUGGAGAAGAAUUUGUUGGUUUAUGGCUGGGGUCGGUGGACUGACAUCCUCUCACAUGGGCGCUAUAAACGUCAGCUAACAGAGCAAGAUGUGGAAACCAUCUGCCGGACUAUCCUGGUGUAUUGUCUUAAUCAUUACAAAGGGGAUGAAAAUAUCAAAAGUUUCAUCUGGGAUCUGAUCACUCCAACUGCAGAUGGGCAAACUCGAGCUUUGGUUAAUCAUUCCGGUCUGUCUGCACCAGUGCCCAGAGGGAGGAAAGGGAAGAAAGUAAAAGCCCAGAGUUCACAGCCAAUGCUGCAAGAUGCUGAUUGGCUCACAACCUGUAAUCCAGAUGUAUUAUUUCAAGAAGACAGCUAUAGGAAACAUCUUAAACAUCACUGUAAUAAGGUCCUGCUGCGUGUCCGCAUGCUCUACUAUCUACGACAAGAAGUUAUAGGGGACCAAGCAGACAAGAUCUUAGAGGGUGCUGACUCAAGUGAAAUAGAUGUAUGGAUACCUGAGCCAUUCCAUGCCGAAGUUCCUGCAGACUGGUGGGAUAAGGAGGCAGAUAAAUCCCUUUUAAUUGGAGUAUUUAAACACGGUUAUGAGAAGUACAAUUCUAUGAGAGCUGAUGCAGCACUGUGCUUUCUGGAACGGGUUGGCAUGCCUGAUGCAAAGGCCAUAGCUGCUGAACAGAGAGGGACAGACAUGUUAGCAGAUGGUGGUGAUGGGGGUGAAUUUGACAGAGAGGAUGAAGAUCCAGAAUAUAAGCCAACCAGAACUCCCUUCAAGGAUGAAAUUGAUGAAUUCGCAAACUCACCUCCAGAAGACAAAGAGGAGUCCAUAGAAUUACACCCAAGCAAGCACAGCGAAAGCAAUGCUGAGUUAGGGCAGCUCUACUGGCCCACCACUUCAACCCUGACUACCCGUCUGCGUCGCCUCAUUACUGCCUAUCAGCGCAGCUAUAAAAGGCAACAAAUGAGGCAAGAGGCACUAAUGAAGACUGACCGCAGGAGACGUCGGCCUCGAGAAGAAGUGAGGGCACUGGAGGCAGAAAGGGAAGCUAUAAUAACUGAGAAACGACAAAAAUGGACCAGAAGAGAAGAAGCCGAUUUUUAUCGUGUGGUGUCUACUUUUGGAGUUAUUUUUGAUCCUGUAAAACAUCAGUUUGAGUGGAAUCAAUUCAGAGCAUUUGCCAGGCUUGACAAAAAGUCCGAUGAAAGCUUGGAAAAGUAUUUUAAUGGCUUUGUGAAUAUGUGUAGACGAGUGUGCCGAAUGCCAGUCAAACCAGAUGAUGAACCUCCUGAUCUUUCCACGCUGAUUGAGCCGAUCACAGAGGAGCGCGCUUCUAGAACUUUAUAUCGCAUCGAGCUGCUGCGCAAGAUCCGCGAACAGGUUCUCCAUCACCCGCAGCUGGGGGAGAGGCUAAAGCUUUGCCAGCCAAGUCUGGACCUGCCAGAGUGGUGGGAAUGUGGUAAACAUGAUAAAGACUUACUGAUUGGUGCUGCUAAACAUGGAGUCAGUAGGACAGAUUAUCACAUUCUGAAUGAUCCUGAACUCUCUUUUCUUGAGGCUCACAAAAACUUUGCUCAAAACAGAGGGACAGGUAAUGCAAGUACUGUCUCUUCUGUAAAUCCUCUGGGCACUGGCUGCAGUCAAACACCCCCAAUUGUCCCAUCCACACCAGUACAAGAAGAAAAGACUACAGAACCAACAGAGUCUAAAGUUGAAGGGUCUGAAAAUCCAGCAGCCAAAGAAAAAUCUGAAAUCAAAGAGGAGACAGAUACUACAGAUAAGGACACUAAACCAGACUGUGACACUGAGGCUGAGCCUGGCUCUGUUAAAUGUGAAUUGAAAGACAUAGAAAUGAGUACAGAUGUAGAUCCAAAAUCUAUUUCUGAGAAAGGUUCAGAAGAAGACGAAGAGGAGAAACUGGAAGAUGAUGAUAAAUCAGAAGAAUCCUCCCAGCCUGAAGCAGGAGCAGUUUCUCAGGGUAAAAAUUUUGAUGAAGAAAGCAAUGCCUCUAUGAGUACCGCAAGGGAUGAAACACGCGAUGGAUUCUACAUAGAAGACGGGGAUCCCUCUGUGGUUCAGCUGCUUCAUGAGAGAACAUUUGCCUUCUCAUUCUGGCCUAAGGACCGAGUAAUGAUCAACCGAUUAGACAACAUCUGUGAAGCAGUGCUCAAAGGGAAGUGGCCAGUAAAUAGGCGCCAGAUGUUUGAUUUCCAGGGGCUCAUACCUGGGUACACUCCAACAGCUGUGGACAGCCCUCUACAGAAAAGGAGCUUUGCAGAGCUCUCCAUGGUUGGUCAAGCCAGCGUCAGUGGCAGCGAAGAUCUCACUGCUUCUCCUCAGUUAUCAAAGGAAGAUGCACUCAAUUUAUCAGUUCCACGUCAGAGGAGGAGGAGACGAAGAAAGAUUGAAAUUGAGGCUGAGAGAGCUGCCAAGAGGAGAAAUCUUAUGGAAAUGGUUGCCCAGUUACGUGAGUCUCAGGUGGUCUCAGAAAAUGGACAAGAAAAGGUUGUAGAUUUAUCAAAGGCCUCACGAGAGGCAACAAGUUCUACCUCAAAUUUUUCAUCUGUUACUUCAAAGUUUAUCUUGCCUAAUGUCUCCACACCUGUGUCUGAUGCCUUUAAAACUCAAAUGGAGCUGCUGCAAGCAGGUCUUUCACGCACACCCACAAGGCAUCUACUGAAUGGCUCUUUAAUAGAUGGAGAACCACCCAUGAAGAGGAGGAGAGGAAGGAGGAAAAAUGUAGAAGGGCUUGAUCUGUUAUUUAUGAGCAACAAACGGACAUCAUUGACUGUAGAGGAUGCAGAAGUGACCAAAGCUUUUGAAGAAGAUAUGGAAGCCCUACCAGCAAGGAACAUUCCAUCUCCUGGUCAGUUAGACCCAGACACUCGCAUCCCUGUAAUCAAUCUAGAGGAUGGGACCAGGCUGGUGGGAGAGGAUGCCCCGAAAAACAAGGAUCUAGUUGAAUGGCUUAAGUUGCAUCCUACUUACACUGUAGAUAUGCCAAGUUAUGUACCAAAGAGUGCAGAUGUGCUGUUUUCCCCAUUUCAGAAGCCGAAACAAAAACGACACAGAUGUCGAAACCCUAAUAAACUGGAUAUAAACACCUUGACAGGAGAAGAAAGGGUACCUGUUGUAAAUAAACGAAAUGGAAAGAAGAUGGGUGGAGCUAUGGCCCCUCCAAUGAAGGACUUGCCAAGAUGGCUGGAAGAAAAUCCUGAGUUUGCUGUUGCUCCGGAUUGGACUGACAUUGUUAAACAGUCUGGUUUUGUUCCAGAGUCCAUGUUUGACCGUCUUCUCACUGGACCUGUUGUGAGGGAGGAAGGAGCAAGCAGAAGAGGAAGAAGGCCAAAAAGUGAAAUUGCCAAAGCAGCUGCAGCAGCUGCUGCUGUAGCAUCAACUUCGGGAAUCAACCCACUACUAAUGAACAGUCUGUUUGCUGGAAUGGACCUCACAAGCCUCCAGAACCUACAGAACCUGCAAUCUCUCCAGCUCGCGGGCCUCAUGGGCUUUCCACCAGGGCUAGCAACAGCUGCUGCUGCUGGGGGGGAUGCUAAAAAUCCAGCUGCCAUGUUGCCUCUGAUGUUGCCAGGGAUGGCAGGACUGCCCAAUAUGUUUGGACUAAGCGGAUUGUUGAAUAACCCGAUCACGGCUACUACUGGAAAUGCCACUACUGCUUCUGGUCAAGGAGAGACUGAGGAUGGCGCUUCAAAAGCUGAAGAGAAGAAAAAUGAGAAUGAAGAGGAGAACAAAGACUCUGAGAAAAGCACAGACACUGUUUCUGCUACUGACUCUGCGAAUGGAUCUGUCAGUGCUGCUACUGCGGCGACUACCGCCACUGCCACCACUACCACCACCACCAACACUGGAUUGCCCACAAACCCUCUGGCCUUCAAUCCUUUCCUGCUGUCUACCAUGGCUCCUGGCCUCUUCUAUCCAUCUAUGUUUCUACCUCCAGGACUGGGAGGAUUGACUCUGCCCGGUUUCCCAGCACUAGCAGGACUUCAGAACGCAGUGGGCUCCAAUGAAGAGAAGGCUACUGACAAAACUGAAGGAGCUGCCUUUAAAGAUGAAGAAAAUCUCGAAGGCAGUGAUGCAGAGGAGAGCCUUGAUAAAACUGCAGAUUCCUCCGUUUUAGAAGAUGAAAUAGCACAGGGUGAAGAAUUAGACUCACUUGAUGGGGGGGAAGAAAUAGAAAACAAUGAAAACGAUGAAUAACCAGUACCAGUUACAGUUAAAGUGUUUUAAACUUUUGACAAGUGGUAGUCCUACUGUUUACACUCACAGUUAAUGUCCAUACUUAGUUUUUAUAAGCUGUUCUGUAACAUAGUGUAGCAAAAAAAAAAAAAGUUCAAGUCAUGUUAUACAGAUGUGUCAAAAGGUAUCUUGGUCAUUAAGUAUUGUGCAGUGCAUUAUUUAUUAUCCCUAGGAGAGAUGAAAUUUGAGAGGUGAUCAUGUCUUUUUAAGGAAAUUGACAUAAUGCUCUGCUUUUUUUUUCUUUUGGUACCAUUGGUAUUAUGAAUUAAGCAGCAAUUUGUAAUCAAGUGGCACUAAUAGAAGGAAGUGCUGCUUAAAGGAAGGAUGAAGUUAUAUAUUUAAUUUUUUUUCCUUUUUUUUCCUUUGUGUUUUUUUUUUUUUUUUUUUGCUGUGAAGGUCAAGAUGAAAAUUACCAUACAUAUCGUACUCGCGCUUCAUUUUGACUGUAUGGGAGUUCACCCGCUCACAUGCGCGCACACACCCACACACACACUCUCUCUCUGACAAUCUUCAUGAUAGUGUGAAUGUCUCUGUCUUGAGACACAGCAAUAAUAAGGCAGCUGUUGAAUGUGAAGAGUACCUUUUGGAAAUUAACCCGCGGAGAAGGUUCUUACAGGAUAAAGCUACAGUUUAAUCGUCUCGUGAUCUUGUAAUGCACUGGUAUAAACAAAAAGAAAAAAAUCAGGUACCUUUUUUAAAUUAAAGGACUUUGUUACUUUAGCCACAAAGCUAAACAGCAUUACCUCAACUCUAAACUAGCCUUGAAGUUUACAGACAUGACUUUGUAAAUGUAUUGUUUUUCUUUGUUGUGAUGUCUUUUUAUUUUUUUUUUCUUUGGAAACUGCUAUCAUGUAAGAUAAGAUGUAAAUUGCUGCCAACUGUAGUAAUGAUGCUUUUAAUAAAAGUGACCCAUGAUAUGCAGAGAUGUAAUUAUAGAAUGUAGUGUUUAGGGACAACCAAACUGGUGUUCACUUUCUGUAUUUGUAUUUGUGGCUUUUUUAUAGCAUUUUCCUGCUAUAUUCUUUAUAGAUUAGUGGCUGUAAAUGCUGAACUGAUCGUCUUCAGGGGACUAGGCAGGAAGAGAAACCUGGAAUUGCCUUCAUAUUUUCCACUCUAAGUAACUCUACAGAAAUGCACGCUAAAAUCCCUACUUUACUCCUUCAAAGGGGCAUGAGAGACUGAGAAUACUUUAAAUGUGUUCAGCAUGUGAUAAUGUGGUACACUAAAGAACAAAAGGGCAAAAGAAAAAUGAGGCUUUAAUAGGCACAAUAUCUAGGUCAUUUAUCCUUGGUUAAUGGGUAGAAAAACACAAUGCUGUAGUGACAGCAAGGGAUACAAAGGCUCUGUGGUAUCCUGUAGACCAGAGCUUGUGAUGCCAGAAACCACUGUGUCAAACAACCUACAUGAAACUAAAACUGACCCACUUUUUAUAAAAACCAGUGUCUCUUCUGGAGAGCUACCGAUUUGUACCCUUUUGUGACCUUUUGAUAUUCGAGAUAAUGUACCAUUUGAGAACUUCUGUUUUCAUGGUGUUGUCACCUUGACACACACAUACACAAGAAGCUCCAGAGUGAGGAUAAAAGGUUAGAUUUUCAGUGGAGUACAUGAAAAAUUAGCUAUUUCAGUAGCCAGCUGUGGGUGGACCCCUGUCUUUAGGACUCAUAUUAUCUGUGCUUUUGGAAUGCUGGAGAGCUGCAAACCUCACUCUCAUGUACACUGUGAAUUUGCACAAGAGCUCAAACGGGCAAGUAUUGCAAGGCCGAAAUUUGGCCCCGAGGGGAAUAUAUAAAAAGGGGUGAAUUUGGCUUGAAAAGGAUAUUUCAUGGACGAUGAAAGUAGAUGAGAAAUGAAGGCUUAGGAAGUGAUUUUUGUGUGAAUGAAUCAUAGGCACACACUGUUGAAAUUAAUAGAUGUCAGGAUGUCUUGUACUGCCACUUAAAUAGAUCAUAGGGAGUUAAUGAAGGUCAGGAAGGAUUCCCCCCACAUGGACAUCACUGAAUGGUUGGUGAGGUGUGUUAUUCCUGCCUCUUUCUAAAACAUCACAUGGUAGACCAUGGCAAAAAGUUAGAGGCUGAAAGCAAAGGCACAUUAACUUGGGCAGGUGUGUUACAUACUUUGUUGAAUUCAUUUGAGCUGUUUUUUAAGUUGUUUUUAAAUGCCUUGUCUUAUUUUUUUUUCUAGUUAUAAAAUUCCCACUGUAAGAGUUUGUAGGUGCUUCCCAUUGUGUGUAUUCCACAUAUGGUACCAAGUAGUAGGGGUUUUUUUCAGUUCAGUUUUAUAAUUUCCAGAAGAGAUUUACAGGGACUAAUGAUAUCCCUUGGGAGAACCCUUUUUAAUUGGCAAGACUAGAAACUAUAUUGUUAAAUGCUGUACUUAUUCCCUUUCUCCUUUGUAAAAAUGGGGAAGUUCUGCUAACUUAUAUUUUUGCCUAUAGGUUUUUUACAUGGAAACAUCCAACUCAUGAUGUAGGGUGUCCAAGUGACAAAUGAAUGAAUCUUACCGCUAGUACAAGCAUCUUCCAUGAUGGCAUUACUCAUCUGCCUUUCCUAGUCAAAAAAAAAAACAAACCCCCCCAAAAAAGCAAAAC